UAUAAUUUAUAGACUGUAGAGCACCUAAAAUAUGCCUGCUAGCUACAUGACGCAUUGUCCUACCAGGAAAUGAAAUGUUUAGUAAUCGUUUGGGCCUAGAUAAUAAACCACAACAAGAACAUUAUUGAUGUUUGAAACUUGCGUCCCUUGGGGGAUAGUGGUAGGGGGACUACCUGGUCACAGAGCCACCCACGAUGCGAUGUUGGCGCGCUGAAUUCUGGGCUCUUUUCUGUCCUCCCAACUCCGUUCAUUCUCAUCCUACUCCCCGGCUGGAAAAAUGGCUGCUUCAGCGGCAGCGCAGGGCUCAAACCCCGGUCUCUGCCCCAGUUUCGCAGUGGUCUGCUCGUUCCUGGAGCGCUACGGACAAGCCCUGGACCUCCCCGAACUCACAUUUCCGCAGAUGGAGAGGUAUCUCCGGGACACAUCGACAGUUCCCACGCCACUGGUGGAGCUGCACAUCAAGCUUUUGAGGAAGCUUGGCAAGUCUGUGUCUGCAGACAAGUGGGAGAGGUACCUGGCAAAGGUAUGCCAGGACAUCAACAGUAGCUGGGCAUGGGAGCUGGAACACAAAGGCUACCAAGACAUGAGCAUGGAGUGCAAAACCAGCAUCCUCAAAUACCUGUGUGAGAUCCAGUUUGAUGACAACCUGAAGUUCAAGACGUUGGUGAACGAGGAGGAGGCGGAGGCGAUGAGGCUGCAGCCAUUGGGCAGAGACAGACAAGGCCUGAUGUACUGGCUGCAGAUUGACGCCCAACACAACAUUCGCCUGUACACAGAGGAACAGGACGACUGGGACGGAUCCACCUGGAGAUGUAUCGUCAGAACCCGGAACGACUUGGCCGAUGCUCUAGACCUCCUGAAGACCCAGCUGGACCCAGAACACAAGGAGAAAGAGGAGGGAGAGACGGAGAGAGAGAAAGAGAUGGACAGAGAGAAGGAGGGAGGAUCCAACUGUGCCAAACCUGUGGAGAGGGGGAGAAGACACAAGGAGGAGGGCGAGGCUGGAGGAGAGGAAGAGGAGGAGGAGGAAAGACGGAAGAGGAAGGCUGAGGAAGACAAGAACAAGAGUAAAGAGAGAGAGGAGGAGGAUAAGCGAGAGAAGAGUAGAUCAUCUCCCUACCCAGAAUCCACUAGUACGGAUGACAACACGGCGUCUUUAGCAGAGAAGGAAAACCCAACCAAGCUUGAACCGGUAGUCUCAGUGAAGGAGGAAAACAUUGCAGUUGAGAUGAAGGAAGAAAAGGAAAUAAAAAAACGUGGUGAGAAAGAAGAGGGAGAGACACAGAGUGUGAGGAAGGAGGAGAGGUCAGAAGUGAUUGACAACAGAGUGAGCACCAUCACUGCGCUCGUCAAAGAGGAGCCCCAAACGCUUAGCAACUCCCCUAGCAACGCUGUCUCCGUUGUCAUGGUGCCCAUCUCAGCAACGACAAAACUGGAAAUUCCUCCUGUGAAGGAGGAAACGGAACGGGCCCUGAGGACCGACCAGCAGGCCAAGAUACCACUGAAGAAGAGAGAGCUCUUUGGUGCCAACCGUCACCAUAGCAAUACGCAUCAUAACAACAAUAGCCAUAGCAGCAGUACUAGCAGUAGCAUCAUCGUCCGUAACCCUUCAGUAACACAUACCAAGGAGGAGCAGCUGGGGAGGCAGUCAGCGCCACCUGUGGGCCUGGCUGUCCCACUGCCAGAGGAGCUGACCAAUGGGGGGGCUCCCCUAAACGGGCUUGGAGGGCUCACAGGGGGUAUAGGUCAUGUGGGGGUCAUCUGCAGGUCGGCCUCGCAGCAACAAGAUGGCGGAUCGGUCUGUACGGAGAGAACCAGACCAGGGGCAGAGGAGGGGGAGGAGAGGAGCAGGCAGUCAGUCCUGGUGAGGAAGAGCCCUGGCUGGGGAGAGACUGGAGCCCCAACACCCCUGGAGCCUAGAGGACAGGAGAGACAGGCAGGAGGAGAGGAGAGAGAGAGGGAAAGGAAUGAGAAAGGAGAGAGAUCGAGGGAGAGGUUAGGAGAGGAUGGAAGAGAGAACGCGAGGGAGAGGUUAGAUGGAGACCAGUCUGGAGAGAGGGAUGACAACCCAAAAGAGAAAGAAGAGAAAAAGACCACCCUCCAUAUGGAGAAAAGCGAGGGAUGCCAUGGAACAGAGGAAGAAGAGAAGAAGAAGAGUACCUCAGGAGAGAAGGAGCAGGGGUCCGAGAGCAGCCAGACUGUUGAAGGACAGAGGGACCAGGAGGACCAGGGAGAGGCCCUCAGCACAGACACACCAGCCCAUGCCGGGGUGAGUGGAGCUGGGCAUGGAGCAGCAGACCGGCCGGGUCCCCUGGAGGCCUCCUCUGAGCUGCAGAAAGAAGGGAUCAGGCUGAAGAUAAAGAUCCCUCCCAACCAGAGGAUAGAGAACGUGAGAGAGGAGGAGGAGAAGGGGGAGGAGCAGGGAGAUGGGAGGUCUCUGCGGAGAUCGGCUCGGAUCUGCAGACCCAGCCCAAACAAGGUGGAGAGCCAAGACGCACCCCCGAGAGUGAGGGAGGAAGAAGAGGAGGGGAAGACUGCUCAAUGGCAAAAGAAGAGAGCAAACCCUGAGGGACAAAGCAGGACUGUAAAGAGCAGACGAAGACAACGAGGCGCCCGCUGGUCAAACACUCGAGCGAAGAGAUGCAAACCGAACGAGGGAGGAGAGGAGAGAGGGAGGGAGGAGGAGAGAGGGAGGGAGGGAAGUAUUUGUGACUCAGAUGACUCUAGCCAAUCAGAAGAGACGCCUAAUGAAGAUCCCUGCAGCCACUGUGGACUCCCCAACCACCCCGAACUGAUCCUGCUGUGUGAUUCAUGUGAUAGUGGUUACCACACCGCCUGUCUCAGACCCCCUCUCAUGGUCAUACCUGAGGGAGAAUGGUUCUGCCCGCCCUGCCAACACAAGCUGCUGUGUGACAGACUAGAGGAGCAGCUGCAGAAUCUGGAUUGCGCUCUGAAGAAAAGAGACCGAGCUGAGAGGAGGAGGGAGCGUCUGGUGUAUGUGGGAAUCAGUGUGGAGAACAUCAUUCCUCAGGAAGGGGAGGAAGAAGAGGAGAAACAGGCGAAGAAGAAAGAUGCAAAAAAGACCAAAAACCUGGGAAGGAGGUCUACCAGAACCAGGAAGUGUAUCAGCUACAGGUUUGAUGACUUUGAUGACGCCAUUGAUGAAGCGAUAGAGGAGGACGUCAGAGAUGCGGAUGGAGGAGGAGUAGGGCAGGGUAAGGACAUGGCCACCAUCCUAUCAGAAGAGGGGAAGGAGAAACGAGGACCAACCACAGCUCAGGCCCCUCCCACCAGGAGCAGGAAGAGGCGGAGACUCAACGACCUGGAGAGCGACAGCACGGCUGCAGAGAGCGAGGAGGAGUUUCAGCUCAGCGCCAGUACGGAGGAGGAGGAGUUUGUAGCGUCAGGUGAUGAGGAAGCAGCCAGUGAUGUGGACAGCUUUGCCAGCGACCCAGGCUUCGUAAGCCAGUCCACACGGGCACAGAGACGGGCACCUAAACAGAGAACCACCAGGACCUCCAGGACUGCAGCAAAGUGCAAGAAACGCCCACGCAGACAGAGGAGAGGAUGGGGGGAGGAGGAGGAGAGUGAAGAGGAGAUAGAGACCAGUGAUUUGAGUGACAGCGAUGGGGACAGGAAGAGGUGUGGUUUAAGGCGGGGCCGGAAGUGGGAGGUGAACUACCGCGAGACGUCAGAAUCCGAGGGUUCCCAGACAACCACCAAUAAGGACAAGGCCAAACCCCGCCGCCGUCGUCUCUCCAGCUCAAACAGCGAUGGUCAGUUACUAUGGUUACCAUCCCUGCCCCCAAUUAGGGAGGUCCAUGUGGAACUUGACAGGCUGUCAUUUAGUGAAUGUAAACAACUCAUAACCAACCUGCAUUCAGACACUAGCGGAAAAAAACGCUUCUGCAAGUGAAAGCGUGCCGAUAACGUUCCACCCCUCCCCCUCCUAAAUUUAAACCAAUCUAAACCGACCCACUGUCCCUAAACCAACAUUUCCUGGUUGGCUGGAUGAAGCGGAAAACACGUCACCAGACGCAGAGAAAAUAGAGCCAUCGAUUCCAUUGCGUCAGGCAAAGGAACGUUUUUGCCGCUAGUGUCUGAAUGCGGGGUUAACUCCUGCUGCUGUCUGAAUCCGCCGCUCGCUCCCUCUAUUUCAGAAUCCUCCCAUUCCAGAGAGUCUGAGGAGGAAGAAGAACAGAAGAGAAUGAGGGGAAAGAGGCGGAGAGAAGAGGUGGAGGAGAGUAGAACAAGGGGAAAGAAGAGGGGAGGAGAGAAGAUGGGCAGAGGGAAGCGGAGGGAGGUGUUGAUAGAACAGCGGAGGAAGAAAAGCAGACCCUCCACUAAAGAUGAUAAUGAUGAAGGGGAAUCGGAGUCGUCAUCCGAGGAAGAUCGUCCUAUCCGAAAACGACUUAACCGCAUCGACUCUGAUGAAGAGGAGGAGAAAGAGGGAAAAAAUAAGGAGGAGGACAAGGAAGAAGAGGAGGAGAAGAAGCUGAGAAAGCCGUUGUCAAAAGACAAGGAAUCAAACAGCCCUAACGGACAGCAGGCCUCUAGAGGCUCAACAAAGCCUGGGGCUGAGAGCGCAGCCUUACCCAGGGACAGAGCAGCCAGAGCUGGGCAGAACAGGUCUAACAGUCCCUCACCUCCUGACCAGUCAGACGCAUGAUGACAUACAGACUUUUACUUUUAGUUAUAUAUUUUUUACUUUCUUGCCUUUCAACAACAACCUUUCAACUGGACCUCUCAUUACCUCAUCAUCCCUCCUCCCCUUUCUCCUUCCCUUCCUCUAAACAGGAUGAAUAACUACUGGACCAAACACACUAGAACCAUCCAACACACAGACACACAACACAAUACACAGCCAGAGGGUGAAGGACUGUCCUGACCUCCACCAGACAGACACCCUCCUUAGACUGUACAUAGAUACUCUCUCUGCUCGGCUGCUGAUCCUGUAAAAUACUAGAUGUUCCCUUCUCUCUUCUCUGUCUCCCUGUAAAAUAGUGUUCUAUAUACCAUGAAGGAGAGAGCAAAUGGACUAGAGCGUUUAAUUAUCCCAAAAAAGAGAGAGUUGGAUGUUUUAAACCAAUGGAAGAGCUACUCCUGUUGUUCUGUUGUGAACCAGGAAGAUAACUACCAGAAAGAGAUUCAUACAGGCUGAUUCAUCUCAAAUGGCACUUUGCAGAUUUGACCACAGUUCUGGAUACAGUUGUAGUUAUAGCUACAGUACACUGGGGGCUGCCAGAUGGACACUGGCAAACGAUCUAACUAGCUAUGUUCAAUAAAUCAAUUCACUGUUGGCUUUGUGUUAGUUGAAGUGUUCCUUCUCUCGCUCAGUGAGGAGUGAAUCAUUUCUCCACAGUAGUCUACUACUCUCCAGUCCAGUCUAUACAUUCUACAUCCUACUACUAUUUGAGAAGAUGGGGUCAUAUUCAUUAGUCAGAAAAAGGACUGAAACAGGGAGGGCCUACCUGAACUUGCAAAAUGUUUGCUGCUGUGUGCCGUAAUGAAUAUGGCCCCAGGUGUGAAUGCUGUAUCUGGCCCUCAGUCCACUGUCUGUUCUGUUUUCAUCAUCACAGAGUUCCAUCUGAACCGCUUGUAGAUUCUAUCAUUCUAGCUCACUGUUCUUAUGUUGGUUUCUCUCUCUCCCCACCCCCAAAUAUCAAAUAUUUUGAAAUGUUCAGUCUGAAAAAAAAACAAGAAAUCACCCUGUUAUUCAUCCACAGUGUAUGUACAGUAUGUUUAUAGUUGAUGCUGUAACAUAGGUGUUUUAUAAGUUAUUAAAAACCAAUCUUCAAGCAUCUCA